UAUAUGGCCAAUUAGAUAGAGAUUAGAGAGGGGGGGUAGAGAGGCAGUGGCCAGUGGGGGAAAGAAAUUUUGUAUAGAAAAGAGAGAGAGAGAGAGGAGAGAGGGUAGUUGAUGGGAAGGGUUUGAUGUGAUUGCGCUUUCUUUCCUCUUUGCUUCCUGGAUCCAACCGCCGCCGCCGCCGCCGCCGCUGCCACCGCCACCACCGCAUAUACUCGUCGGCGAUUCAGAGUUCUUGGAUUGGAUGCGUUCUUCUGCCUAGAUCGGAGCAAGGCGCGCGGUGUAAAUCUCGAGAGGAGGAGGAAAGGGAUCGAGGCGGCUCGGUCCUUGUUCUUGCCGCGUCCGGUUCUUCCAAGAACCAGCGGUGGGGAUGGAUCUCUGCGACAAGAGAGAGGACAUGGCGCUGCAAGACGGAGACUCUUGCCUCGCGCCCCGCCCUUUGCGCGGCGGCUGCGAGAUGGAGUCGCCGUGGGCGGAGGGCCUCCUCCAAGGCGGCAGCCGGAAGCGCAGCGCGCCGGAGGAGUCCGAGGACGAUGUCCAGGAAAUAGAUGAGGUGGAUUGCGGCGGCAAGCGGAGCAAGCCACCGUCGCCGCAGCCGCACACACCGGACAUCCGUGAGGCUCAUGCCCCCGGCCGCCGCCGCACCGUGGCGGCCGGUGGCGGCGACCAAAGCAACGGCGGGGGUGACCUCAUAGGAGAAAUCGGUCGGGACCUGUCCAUCAACUGCCUUCUCCGGCUAUCCCGGUCGGAAUAUGGCUCGGUGGCAUCGCUGAACCGGGAUUUCCGGUCUCUGGUGCGUGGAGGGGAGAUCUACAGGCUGCGGCGGCAGAAUAACAUCUCUGAGCAUUGGGUGUACUUCUCCUGUAAUGUUCUGGAGUGGGAUGCAUAUGACCCUUACCGGGAGCGCUGGAUCUCGGUGCCCAAGAUGCCACCUGACGAGUGUUUCAUGUGCUCGGACAAGGAGUCUUUGGCUGUGGGCACCGAGCUGCUCGUGUUUGGGAUGGCGCACAUUGUUUUCAGAUACAGCAUACUGACAAACUCUUGGACACGAGGCGAGGUGAUGAAUUCGCCGAGGUGUCUGUUUGGGUCAGCAAGCGUAGGAGAGAAGGCAUAUGUUGCUGGUGGCACUGAUUCUCUUGGCAGGAUCCUCAGCUCAGCAGAAUUGUACAACUCCGAAACACAUACUUGGACACCCCUUCCUAGCAUGAACAGGGCACGGAAAAAUUGCUCUGGGGUGUUCAUGGAUGGCAAGUUUUAUGUGAUUGGUGGUGUGACCAAUAACAACAUGAUCCUGACCUGCGGUGAAGAGUAUGAUGUGCAGAGCAAGUCUUGGAGGGUUAUCGAGAAUAUGUCUGUCGGUCUAAAUGGAGUGAGUGGUGCACCCCCACUUAUUUCAGUGGUGAAGAAUGAGCUGUACGCCGCUGAUUACAGUGAGAAGGAUGUGAAAAAGUAUGACAAGCAGAACAAUAAGUGGGUCACUCUUGGUAAAUUGCCCGAGCGAUCUGUGUCCAUGAAUGGCUGGGGUCUUGCAUUCAGGGCAUGUGGUGAGAGGCUGAUCGUCAUUGGUGGACCAAGAACUUCUGUUGGGGGCAUGAUUGAGCUUAACUCAUGGAUUCCGGAUGACAAGCCACCUGUGUGGAAUUUGAUUGCCAGACGGCCAUCUGGGAAUUUUGUGUAUAAUUGCGCUGUGAUGGGCUGCUGAGUUUACUUGAUAAAGGGUCCGCACAGUGAUGUUUACAAAGAGAGAAGGUGAUGAUCAUGACCUGAAUACAAACAAACAUGCUUCAUGACUCUAAACUUGUGAUUCUUGUGAGUGCCAGGUUCUCUUUGGACAAAUACCUCUUUGGAUUGUCCAUCGCAUAAUACCCAUGGAUUACUUUGUUAAAAUUUCUAGUGGACGCAAAUGAUACAUUUUUCCUUUUGUGAAAUGUGAUACAGAAGUUUGGAGGGCGAACUAGGCAGAUAGAACUAUUAUAUUGUUAACAACUUGGGAAUCAUUCAUAAUUUACCAAUCAUAAUGGUUUGGUUGCUUUGCAUUGCUAAAAUGUCCAAACUAUUUAAGCAUUUUGUAUUUCCAAUGCCACUGUAAAUCUUACCCCAGAAAGCUACAACAGUAACCAGUGGUAUAACUAUCAACUAGCUGUAGCAGGAAUUUAUUUGGUUGAUUGCUACAUCUCUUAUUUUAUUUUUUAACUUGACAUGGAUAGCUGAGUCUAAUCUUGAUCCACCAUUUUCCAUGAGCUGUAACAUAACUGCAAGCUCAUAGUUUAGGGUUCUUUGCACUGUUAUAUGUGUUUUGGAUACCAUGUUGAUGAGUAAUGAGGUUCAUCCAGUGUGACAUGUUAUUUAUAAAAUAGUUUGAUUAA